CGACCCUUGUUCACAAAGCUUCAGUCUUUGUUUCAUCUCGUGGCAACACCUACCAAUGACAGUCUACUUGUCUUCUAAGCAAAACUGACAUCCAAAGCCACUUCCACCAUCCAUCCACACCUUCCCCACCUUCCUUUAUCCUCCUGCUCUCUCCUUCUGCCUGCUAUCCUAGAUAAUGCAUCUCCAAGUCAUCUAGUAUUCCCUCAGAAACAAACAUCAACAACCGGUUCUCAAUAAUUCAUCAGUUCAUAAUAUUACCAAAAAAGAAAAAAAAAGCUGUGAAAUGGGAUCAUUCCAAAUGCCUGCAAACUUUCCAAGUUCUGCAUUGCCAGAGUCCUCUUGUGCCUAUCUACUCCAAGAAUUGAAGAUGAUUUGGGAUGAAGUUGGGCAAGAUCAGCUUGAACGAGAGAGAGUUCUCCUUGAACUGGAGCAAGAAUGUUUGGAAGUUUAUAGGAGAAAAGUUGACAGUGCUAAUAUCUCUAGAGUUCGACUACAUCAAGCACUGGCUGAUUCAGAAGCUGAGUUAACUAAUCUUCUGCUUUCCCUUGGAGAGCGAUCAUUACCGGGCAGGCCAGAAAAAUUGACAGGGACACUAAAGGAGCAGCUUGAUUCCAUUACACCUGCACUUCGAGAAAUGCAGCUGAGAAAAGAAGUCAGGAUGAACCAGUUCCAGGAGGUUCAGACACAAAUCCAAAGGAUUUCAUCAGAAAUUGCGGGUCACUCAGAAUAUGAUAGUGUUGUUGUGAAUGAAGGUGAUCUCUCACUGAAGAAACUCGAGGAACAUCAACAUGAACUUCAGAGACUUCGCAAGGAAAAGAGUGAUAGGCUCCGGAAAGUGGAAGAGUACAUAAAUGAGGUGCACAAUCUUGCUGAAACAAUGGGGAUGGAUUCUUCCAAAAUCAUUACUGAUGUUCACCCAAGCUUAUUACAUGGUUCAAGCGGACAGCAAUCAAAGAAUAUUAGUGACACAAUUUUGGACAGACUCAAAAGCACAGUACAGCAACUCAAAGAUGAGAAGCAAAAGAGAAUGGAAAAGCUUCACAGGCUUGGGAAAGCAUUGACAAAUUUGUGGAAUCUUUUGGAUACACCCAUGGAGGACCAGCAACCGUUUUCUCAUAUCAAAUUUUUUUCAUCGUCAGCCUCAGUAAAUUACACUUUAGGCCCUGGAAGCCUUACACUUGACAUAAUCCACCAGGCUGAGUCUGAAGUAGAGAGAUUGGAUCAGUUAAAAGCAAGCAAGAUGAAAGAGCUAUUCUUUAAAAAGCAAAUUGAACUCCAGGGCAUAUGCAAGAAAUCUCACAUGGAAGUACCUUCUCAGUCUGAGAUGGAAAAUAUCAUGAAACUGAUCAUCUCUGGUGAGAUGGACCAUUCUGACCUCCUCACGUGCAUGGAAGAACAUAUAUGUAAAGCAAAAGAAGAGGCGUGCAGCCGGAAAGACAUCAUGGAGAAGGUUGAAAAGUGGAUGGCUUCAUGUGAGGAAGAACGCUGGCUGGAAGAGUACAGCAUGGAUGAGAAUCGUUACUCGGUAAGCAGAGGGGCUCACAAAAACUUGAAACGUGCAGAGCGUGCUAGAAUUAUAGUCAACAAGAUUCCAGCUUUGGUCGAAUCGCUGAUGACCAAGACUAAAAUUUGGGAAGAGGAAAGGAAGAAAGUUUUCUUGUAUGAUGAGUACCAGGUGGCUGAUAAAAGAUUUGGGGCAGACAUAUUCUCUUUCUUCUCACAUGCUCCUCUUUUGGCUAUGCUUCAGCAGUACACUUUUCUGAGACAGGAAAAGGAAGAGGAGAAGUACAGGCAAAGAGAGAGAAAGAAAGUACAAGCUCAGGUUGCAGCAAAGCAGGACAGCUUUAGCUCAAGGCCAAACUCAAGCGCCAGUCAUCUUCCAAACAGGAGCUUAAAUAGCAGUUUCAGCAGUUAUUCCCCUUCACACAGGAGGCUGUCUACCAUGAACCAGCAUCUAAGAUCAAAACUUAAUUCUGCAACACGAGGACCAAAUUACAACAAAAUGGGAAGGAAGAAACAGGUGGAGAGCAUGUUGGUUAAGCACAACCAUGCCCGUACUUUUAGAACAGAGACAGCAUCAGAAAUCUCUGCCACAUUUUCAGGCCCAUCAUCUCCAUGAUUUUUCUUAACUAGGAAAAUUGUCUUGCUUCAUCACAAGACCAUAUCAGUAGAGAAGGAAAAGUAAAAAUAAAAAUUGUUGUUUGGAAAAAAAAGAUGCUUGUAAGAGAGAAUCCUGCAUGUUACUACAACAGUUAUGACUUCAUAUCUCUA